CUGACGAGAGCAUAAAGAGUGUUGGAGUGGCUCCACAGCAGACACACCUUCAGCUCACACAGAGUCAACAUGGGGCUGAAGACGGCGCUCUGGGGACUCUCUGUCAUCGCCUUCAUCAUCAUCACAGGAGGUGACGCCCAGUUGGACGUUUGCGGCCUUGCUCCUCUUAACACUAAGACCUCAAAGAUCGUGGGCGGUGAGGAUGCCACUCCGGGGGCGUGGCCAUGGCAGGUCAGUCUGACCAGGUCUGGAACCCACUUCUGUGGCGGUUCGCUCAUAAACAGCCAGUGGGUCCUGACCGCCGCCCACUGCCUCCCCAGUUCCAGUACCACCAGCCUGGUGGUCUACAUCGGCCGAGACACCCAGCAGAGCACCAACCCCAACGAGGUGUCCCGGACGGUCACCCAGAUCAUCAACCACCCAGACUACAACAGUGACACAAGCGAAAAUGACAUGUCCCUCCUGCGGCUGUCCUCAGCGGUCGACUUCACCAACUACAUCCGCCCUGUGUGCCUGGCGGCGUCCGGCAGCACCUUCGCCGGCGGGACCGACGUCUGGAUCACGGGUUGGGGAGACAUCAACAGCGGAGUGUCCCUUCCGUUCCCUGAGAGGCUUCAGGAGGUCAGCGUCCCCAUCGUGUCCAACACUCAGUGCAGCGCCGACUACCAAGCUAAUUCCAUCAGCAUCACAGACAACAUGUUGUGUGCCGGUCUGAGAGAGGGUGGGAAGGACUCCUGUCAGGGAGACUCCGGAGGCCCCCUGGUCUACAAAAACAGCACUAAGUGGGUCCUGGGCGGAGUGGUGAGUUUUGGAAUAGGCUGCGCCCUGCCCAAUUUCCCAGGAGUCUACGCUCGAGUGUCUAAAUACGAGUCCUGGAUCAAGAGCCAAAUCACCUCCAACCAACCGGGCUUCGUCUGCGUCCCGAACAGCGACGGGUGCAGCAACAACGGAACAGGAAGUGGAGCUCCCCAUCUGACGGCGGUGUCCUUCCCUCUGCUGAUGUCCCUCCCACUGUUCAUCUUCUCAGCGUUUGCGCUGGAAUGAGGAGGUGGAAGUGGUUCAGACGCACAGACAGACAGGCCAAAGGUCAAAGUAGACCAGUGGUCAUCAGCUGACCUUUGUCCUGUUCACACUGACCGACAGGAAGUGUCUUCAGGAUCAGACAGAACACGUGAAAGUAAGAAACAACUAGGACCAAAACAGAGGGUUUGGAUGUGAGUUAUCGAUGUCUAUGGAGCUCCUAGAGUUCCAAAAGACAACCCACUGACCCCCCACAGACCUAGACCACCUUCUGUGGCUCAUGAUGGGAAUGAGUUCAUUUAGUUUCUAACCUUCUGCAUAACAAAUCAAUCAUCAUCUGAUUAUGGUUUGUUUGGUUAAUUGAUUUUCCAGAAAUGAAAAAAAAAAAAAAAAAGCAGUGAAAUAGUUGUGUUUUUGCUGUGAUUCAGAUUUUCAAAGUUAAUUUUUUACAC